AUCAGAGCAGAAGCUAAGUGAAGGGGAUGUGAAUAUAUGUCUGAAAGCUGAAGCUGAUCAUGCAAUCACACUAAACAACAUCAACUCAUUUGAUUACAGAAUGAUAGAUUGAAAGGAUAACAACAGAAUCACUUAAUGUUGUUUCUCUUUCUCCCAGAGUGUGAAAGGGAUAUGGCGUGAUAACCUGGGACUGCUCACUUCACAAACUGCAAGAAACCCCAUUUCCAGUUUCCCACUCUACCAAUUACUUUUCUUUUGAAUGUGAAAAUUAUUACACACCCCAACCCAAAUCAACAGCUGUAAAAGCAUGUCUGUUACUGGGAGCUUGUCCCUCAAAUCGGUUCCCAGGUUUUGCUCGAGACUCUCUCCUUCCCAAUUAUUCCACUCCACUGGUUUCUGUGAAAUGGGGCAUGAUCAUCAGCUCAUUUGUGGUCACAGACUCAGCUUUAUUAUCUUUUCUCUGUUGUUUCUACUAGUUUCAAGCUGGACCCAGCAGGGAUUUCUUAUUGAAAGUAGGAAAACUCUGAAACAGAAUGGUUUUGAGCAGGUGGUAGUAAGUGAGGAUGAUGCUACGAGUGUGAGAGCAAGGAUAGGUUCGAGGCCACCAAAAUGUGAGGGAAGGUGUAGCUGGUGUGGUCACUGUGAGGCUAUCCAAGUACCUACGAAUCCCCAAGUACAGAAGGAGGAGAUGAACACCGCAAUUUCUGCUUAUGGAAGAGGAGAUGAGAGUACAACUUCAAACUACAAGCCAAUGAGUUGGAAAUGCAAGUGUGGGAAUCUCAUUUUCAACCCCUGAUUUCAAUCCUUACCAGUUCUUAGUUCCAUAUAUCUAUAUAUAUACACCAAUCGAUUAUUAGUCCAUUCUGUAUAUGAAUAGACAUUUCCAGAUAUUCUUUUCUCUUUGUAUGGAUCCUUUUCUCCAUUUCUGUAUAGGCAUACGCCAUAUAGUAAUCAUUAACAGUGUGCUUUCCGA